CUUCCCCAUCCGUGUCUCCGCUUCAUCUUUUAGAUAUCUGAGAAGUGGAUUUGCCGCAAGAUGAAUAUCUGUACUGCAUUUACCAUUUCCGCGGUUAUCCUAAUUUCCGCGCUGACGGACACGUUCCAGUGUUACGUGGAGGGAAUUGGCAGUGUGAAUAACACAGUGACAACAACGGUUAAUUCCGUCGGUGCCGCGGCGAUGAAUUCCAAUGCGACAUUGGAUUUACAAAGCCUUGAGAAGAACGCCGAGGAUCAGCGUCUAGUCCUCGAUGGCCCGAAAAACCCGAGCCAAGCCCUUAGCACCAGGAGACCACGGAAGGUGCUCAGCAGGUUGGCCAAGUCGAGAACUACGAAGGCGGCUGCUUUAGUCGCCAGUUUCGCUGGGCUAGUUAUAGUCGCGAUCAAGGUCUGGAAGUGCAGAAAACUGUGGCUAAAGGGCGGCAGUGGCACAAAAACUGAGGGAAACACUCGACGAAGACUGGCGGAAGAAGAGCCAACUGACGAGGAGUGUGUACGUCGGCUGUGCUCUGACCCGUUUAGCACCCUCGUACUACGCAGAUAGCUUCCUUAUAUGUGGCACGAGCUUGUGUCGAGGAUUAAAAUGCGUAUCGGUUAUGUUCUGAUACCUAGCUGAGCCACUGCGUGGCCGAGAUGUUGGAAAGAGGGAGACAGAGUCGGAGACGUCUGCUGUGGGUUCAUGACAUGUGGUGACGUUGCAGCAAAGAGCUGAUAGACAUUGGAGCACGCGUCAGAGGUCACCCGAAGCGCGACGUUGACCCUUCGCGUAGCAGAAAUGAUUUGCAGCGACGCGUCUGGGAUACCUGGUGGAUACAUAAAUACGAUUGCGGAUGGUGCAGGUGGGUGAAGAGUUGACAUGCACGCUGCCAGCCCGAAAAACAAAGAGGCCAUCCACUCUGGGAGCAAGUCAAGGAAACAGAAGCAGACGAAGACAAGAGACGUGGCUCCGCGUACCCAGGCGAGCUGGAAUUGCAUGCCGGGUGUCCUAGAGAUGGUUCGAAACUUCAGCCUGCACCGACCAGGGGGUACUACAUAGGUUACAUGGCAGAAAUCUGUUUUCUGCCCAAGAGAUAUUCGCGUGCUCGCUUUACUGUUUUGACUCCUGAUGGUCUCUGCCACUGCAGGCAGGCGGAGAGGCAAAAAACAAUCGUGUUCAUUCCGAAACAGCAUCGCGGUGACCAGUGCUGCGCGCAAGGAGGGUGACGUGGCUGUGGAGCAAUGCAUGUUCACUACAUAUAUCACAGCAUGCUUUGUUCGGCAUGACAACCCGUUUGGGGCACAAAUGGGGGAAAAGGCUGUUGCUGGUGGCAUGAACGCAUGCGGUGGAGGGGCGUCGAUUCUGACGGUGUCUACAGACAGCACUU